AUUUUCCCAAUUAAAUAGUUAAACGCUGCGCAUUUCGCUUUAGUUAUCGAAAUGGGCUCCGAAAAUUGCAACGUCGACGACAAGGUCAGCGCGUGGGUGCACGACGCUCUAUCAAACGAAGACGUGGAAGACGUAAGCUUCGAGAUAUCCGAUAGAAACAAACCAGGCGAUGGUUAUAUCAGUGACAUCGUCUACGUGGACGUAGACGCCAAGCGUUCCAUCACGGAGGAGACAUGCAGGUACCACUUUGCCGUCAAAAUGACGAAAGAGAAGAAAGGGAUCUUCAAUGAUUUUAUAUCGGGCACCGAGCUAUUUAAAACUGAGAUUUGUGUGUAUUCUAAACUCGUACCAGCAUAUCAGCAGCUAUUAUCUACCAGCGCCCUACAGUCGAUAGACUUCAUGCCCAAAUGCUACUGGUCGACAACAGGGGACCCAUACGAUGUACUGGUCUUCGACAAUUUGAAAAAAUCUGGCUACAGCCUGCACCAGAGAGACGUGCCGAUGAAUGAUCGCCACAUUGAACUGGUUCUCAAAGCUUAUGGGCGAUGGCACGCGUUGUCGUUCGCCUUAAGACACCGCGACAGCGAAACGUUCGACAUGAUCACCAAAGAAUUGGAAACAUAUCAGAAUGAAGCCAUCAAGAAGGAAGUGGACGAGGAGAAAUUCAAGCCGUUGAUUGAGAAAAUGAUAGCGGAACGCGACGAGAUUUUCAUACGCCACAACGAGCAGGAGUUGUUGGAGAAGUUUAAGGAGCGAACAAAACAUGUGGUGCCUGGUAAAUGGGAUGAAACAUUUCCGGAGAGGGACGAAUGCGUUCUAGUGCACGGCGAUUCCUCUAACAACAACUUCCUCUUUGUGUACAAGGGGAACGACGUUGAAAACCCCGCCAAAGUGUCGCUGGUAGAUUUCCAGCUGUCCAAAUUAACGUCGCCGGUGAGAGAUCUGAGCUACUUCUUCUAUGCCGCCUGCUCAGAAAAUGAACUUAAGAAAUUUAGGAAAUACACGCAGCUAUACUAUGAGGAGUUCGCGAGCAUUCUGAGGAAACUGGGUAGCGAUCCAAACGAAGUUUUUCCAUUUUCCAAACUUGCUGACCAUUGGAAGGAGUACUCAUUGUACGGCUUCCAGAUGGGGAUGGGAGUGUUGAAAUUGUGUUUGUCAGAUGAUAAAGGGGUCGGGGACGAAGGAAGCGUCGAAUCGUUCGAUUGGAAGCUUGUGAAGAACAAAGAUCAGUACGAGUCGCGGCUUAUCGCGUGUACCAGGCAUUGGAUAGAGUAUGAAUUUUACGACGAAAACAUCCACACCUGGCUCCAAAACGCGUUGGAAAACGAACUUGUCCAAGACAUAAACUUCCUGAUAUGCGACCGGAACAAACCCGGAGACGGUUACGUCAGCGAUAUAGUCUACAUUGACGUAGACGCGACGAAAUAUAACGGCGAACCCUGUCAGUACCGCCUCGCUACAAAAGUGUCCAAGGAACAAAAAGGAAUCUUUAAGGAUUUCGUAGAAGGGAGCAACUUGUUCCAAAGAGAAGCCUGCAUCUACACCAAACUAGUUCCGAAAUACCAGAAGUUGCUUUUGGCUCAUCAACUCCAUCCGAUAGACUUCAUGCCCAAAUGCUACUGGACCAAGACCGGCGAUGACUACGACGUAUUGGUGUUCGAUAACCUUAAGAAAGCAGGAUACAGGCUCCACCAAAGUGACAUCCCCAUGGACGAUCGCCACAUCAAGCUAGUUCUGAGAGCUUACGCGAGAUGGCACGCGUUGUCGUUCGCUUUAAGGGAGCAUCACGGUGAAGAGUUCAAAGCUGUCGUCGACGAGCUGGCCGGAUACGAGAAGAAAAUUGAGAACAAACCAAUCAAUAUGGAAAAAUUCAAGGAAGUUUUCGGGAAAAUUUUUGAUGAGCGCUAUCAAAUCCUUGAGACGCAUGGGGAGCACGAGCUACUGGAAAGAUACAAGGAGAAGAUGAAGGACAGGGUUCCUGGAAAGUGGAAUGAAUCUGCGCCAUGCGAGGAAGAGUGCGUUAUCACUCAUGGCGACUGCUGGAAUAACAAUUUUUUAUUUUUUUAUGAGGAAAACCUAAUUCCGUCAAAAGUGUGCCUCCUGGAUUUCCAGAUAUCCAAGUUGCAUUCGCCGGCUAGAGAUAUUAGCUAUUUUAUAUACUCCACUUGCUCGGAAACCGAAUUGAAACGCUUCAAAGAAUACAUCCAGUUUUAUUACGGUGCAUUUGCUCGAGACCUAAAAGCGUUGGGGUGCGAUCCCGAGCUCUUAUUUCCUUUUUCGAAGCUCGUGGACCAUUGGAGACAGUACUCUUUCGAUGGGUUUCAAACAGGAGUGGGGAUAUUGAAACUAUGCUUGUCGGAUGACAAAGGUUUAGCGCAUUGCGCCGUAGAUAUCGAAAUGGGCUCCGAAAAUUGCAACGUCGACGACAGGGUUGGCGCCUGGGUGCACUGCGCUCUAUCAGAUGAAGAUGUGGAAGACGUAAGCUUGCAGAUUUCUGAUAAGAGCAAACCAGGCGACGGUUACAUCAGCGAUAUCGUCUACGUGGAUGUAGAAGCCAAGAGAUCCUCCACUAAGGAGGCCUGCAGGUACCACUUGGCGGUAAAAAUGACGAAAGAGAAGAAAGGGAUCAUUCAAGAUUUUAUAUCGGGCACCGAGCUCUUUAAGGCUGAAAUAUGCGUGUAUUCCAAACUGGUGCCUGCAUAUCAGCAGCUGUUAUCUACCAGCGCCCUUGAACCGAUCGACUUUAUGCCCAAAUGCUACUGGUCGACAACAGGUGACCAAUACGAUGUGCUGGUCUUUGACAAUUUGAAAAAAUCAGGGUACAGUCUGCACCAAAGAGACGUGCCGAUGAAUGAUCGCCAUAUUGAACUAGUACUCAAAGCUUACGGGCGAUGGCACGCGUUGUCGUUCGCUUUGAGGCAUCGCGACCUCGAAACCUUCGACAUGAUCAACAAAGAAUUGGAAACAUACCACAAAAAAAUGCAGAAAGAGGGGGUGGAUGAGGAGACGUACAAGCCAAUGUUUGAGAAAAUGAUAGCUGAACGUGACGAGAUUUUCAUGCGUCACACCGAGCAGGAGUUGCUGGAUAAGUUUAAGGAGAAAACGAAGCAUCUGGUGCCUGGCAAAUGGCACGAAAUAUUUCCGAACAAAGAUGAGUGCGUUUUGGUGCACGGUGAUUGUUGGAACAACAACUUCCUAUUUGUGUACAAGGGAACAGACGCUGAAAACCCCUCCAAAGUGUCGCUGGUAGAUUUCCAGCUGUCCAAAUUAACGUCACCGGUGAUAGAUCUGAGCUAUUUCCUCUAUUCCGUCUGCUCAGGAAAUGAACUGAUCAAUUUCAGAUAUUACAUUCAGCUGUACUAUGAGGAGUUCGCGAGCAGUCUGAAAAAACUGGGCAACGAUCCAGACGAAGUCUUUCCAUUUUCUAAACUGACGGAUCAUUGGAAAGAGUACGCUUUGUACGGUUUCCAGAUUGGGAUGGGGGUAAUGAAACUGUGUUUGUCGGACGACAAAGGGGUCGGGGACGAGGGAAGCGUCGAGUCGUUCGAUUGGAAGCUAGUAAAGAACAAAGAUCAGUAUGAGUCGAGGCUUAUCGAGUGUACCAGGCAUUUGAUAGAAUACGAACUUUAGUCACAGUGGCGAUUGUGAUGCUUUCAGAAGCAAUUUUUUUUUUUAAAUUGGAUUUCAAUGCGACGCCAAAAGCACGAUCACUCGCGCUCCGAUCUAGAUCAGGCGUUCUCUGAAUCCAAUUUUAUCUGAAACAAAUAAUUUGUUGCGACCUUGGGAAGCCACGCGUAUCAUUUCGUUCGUUCUAAACCACCUGUAUUUAUGCACUGCGUUUAAUUUUGUUGAUACUACGUAAUAAAAAGGAUUGAAAAUUGUUCCAGUAAACAAGACGGAAAUUAAAAAUUAAAUAAAAUU